AUGUCGCUGUUUUUCUACUUACUGCUUUUGGUGCUGUGUUGUGUUCACGGUGAACCAGGUGACAAAAACGUGCUUGUUCUCAUUGAAAACAUUGUCAUACGCGAUUCCCACUCCCAGUUUUUCAAGUCUCUAACGGACCGAAAUUACCAACUUACUUUUAAGUAUGCCGACGAUUCCACAUUGAACUUGAAACAGUUUGGUGAAUACGCUUACCAGCAUAUCAUAAUAUUCGCACCGACAACUAGGGAAUUCGGUGGGUAUCUUAACGUUAAGGCACUAACUGAUUUCGUGGAUAAUGGUGGGAAUAUUCUUGUGACUGGUAGUACGGAUCUUGGAGAAGCCAUCAGGGAUUUCGCAGGCGAAUGCGGUGUCGAAUUCGACGAAGAAAACACUUUUGUUAUUGACCAUAGCAAUUUUGACGAAAUGGAUGAUGGCGAUCACAAUUUAAUUAUUCUAAAUCCAGAAAAUGUUGCCCAGGUACCAGUUAUUACAGGAAAUGUUAGUAAACCUAUUCUUUAUCGCGGUAUUGGAAUUUCCUCGGACUCCGAAAACCCACUGCUCAUAAACAUUCUUCAUGGAUCAUCUACCUCUUAUUCAUAUAACAUUCGGAAGCCAGUGUCUGACUACCCUACAGCAGUUGGAAAGAACACCCAGUUAGUGACAGGGCUUCAAGCCAGGAAUAAUGCUCGUGUUGUGUUCGCCGGUUCGCUGGACAUGUUUUCAGAUGCCUUUUUUAAUUCCCCGGUCAUGAACAAAGUCACCGGUCUGCGAUUUGAGCAUUCCGGUAAUGCAGAAUUCGUGGAGCAUCUAUGGCGGUGGACUUUUAAGGAGUCGGGCGUGUUACGUGUUCGUAACACCUCUCAUCACAAGAUUGGUGAAUCAUCUCCACGUCGCGAGUAUACAAUAACCGACGACAUCAUUUACAAGAUCGACAUCGAGAUAAAGGAUGAAGAUGGAGUCUGGAGGGAGUAUGUUGCAAACGACGUCCAGGUCGAACUCAUCAGGAUAGACCCAUUCAUUCGCCGAAAUCUUCAGUUCAAAGAUCAUGCAUAUGAAACCCAGAUGAAGCUGCCUGACGUGUAUGGGGUUUUUAAACUUGUGGUGGAUUAUCAGCGCACAGGUUUCACCUCCGUUUUUAGCGCCACGCAGAUUUCUGUACGCCCAUUCACCCACACCCAAUACGAGCGUUUUAUAACGUCGGCCUUUCCAUACUACGCCAGUGCAACAUCAAUGAUGGCCGGAGUCUUCGUAUUCUCGUUUGUGUACCUUUACCUUUCGGAAGGGAAGAAAGCCAAGUCCGAUUGA